AGAAUUUCCCCAGUACCUACUUCUUCUAAAAUGCAGCUGAGGCAUCAUAAGAGGAUCAAUUUCCCACUUAAAGAUUAAACCAGCAGUUAGUAUUAGUGCCUAUGAACUUCUGAAACUGAAAAGCUGUUCGUGCUGAAUUUUGAGAAAUGCUGCAAAUGUGUAGAAUGUUCCUAUAGAAGUCAAGACUCUUACGAAGCAAAGAAAAGAGCAGCAGCAGUGAGAGAACUUUGUCUCCUUGGAUGACUGAAUCAAAAACCUGGGUAAUCUUUCAUCCAGUGGUGGCAUACUGACUUGCAGACACAAGAUGAAACUGAUAAAGGAUCUGUGAUUCAAUGGAUCAGAGAAAUUACACCAGAGUGAAAGGAUUUAUCUUUCUGGGAAUUACUCAGUCCCGAGAACUGAGCCGGGUCUUAUUUACCUUCCUGUUUUUGGUGUACAUGACAACUCUAAUGGGAAACCUCCUCAUCAUGGUUACAGUUACCUGUGAAUCUCACCUUCAUACGCCCAUGUACUUCCUGCUCCGCAACCUGUCUAUUCUUGACAUCUGCUUUUCCUCCAUCACAGCUCCUAAGGUCCUGAUCGAUCUUCUAUCAGAGACAAAAACCAUCUCCUUCAGUGGCUGUGUCACUCAGAUGUUCUUCUUCCACCUUCUGGGGGGAGCAGACGUUUUUUCUCUCUCUGUGAUGGCGUUUGACCGCUAUAUAGCCAUCUCCAAGCCCCUGCACUAUAUGACCAUCAUGAGUAGGGGGCGAUGCACAGGCCUCAUCGUGGCUUCCUGGGUGGGGGGCUUUGUCCACUCCAUAGCGCAGAUUUCUCUAUUGCUCCCACUCCCUUUCUGUGGACCCAAUGUUCUUGACACUUUCUACUGCGAUGUCCCCCAGGUCCUCAAACUUGCCUGCACUGACACCUUCACUCUGGAGCUCCUGAUGAUUUCAAAUAAUGGGUUAGUCAGUUGGUUUGUAUUCUUCUUUCUCCUCAUAUCUUACACGGUCAUCUUGAUGAUGCUGAGGUCUCACACUGGGGAAGGCAGGAGGAAAGCCAUCUCCACCUGCACCUCCCACAUCACCGUGGUGACCCUGCAUUUCGUGCCCUGCAUCUAUGUCUAUGCCCGGCCCUUCACUGCCCUCCCCACAGACACUGCCAUCUCUGUCACCUUCACUGUCAUCUCCCCUUUGCUCAAUCCUAUAAUCUACACGCUGAGGAAUCAGGAAAUGAAGCUGGCCAUGAGGAAACUGAAGAAACGGCUGGGACAAUCAGAAAGGGUUUUAAUUCAAUAAGGGUAAGAUAGUACCCAUAUUUAAAGAUAGACAUUAAAUUUCACUUUCUCAAAAUGGGAAAAGAGCUUGUUCAUGCCCAAAACAAAGAGAUACCUAUGGCCACCAUCGAGUCCUAAAAGAAGUUAUUCCAUCGUAUAUGCUGGGGACCACGUGGAUGAUACUGCUCUAAGACAAAAUCCACUCAAGUCUUUCCCUACUCACUUUCAAUUAUUCAUUCCACAAAUUUUUAUAGAGCAUACACUAUAUGCCUGAAAGUACUGGGAUUCAGAUUGCUGCAAAAAGAUUAAAUGUAGUCACCUUCCUGGAGGCAUAACCCAAAAUACUUUUUAAAAAAUAUAAACAGGCCAGGCGUGGUGGCUCACACCUGUAAUCCCAGCACUUUGGGAGGCCGAGGCAGGCAGAUGACCUGAGGUCAGGAGUUCAAGACCAGCCUGACCAACAUGGAGAAACUCAGUCUCUACUAAAAAUACAAAAAUAGGCCAUGCAUGGUGGCGCAUGCCUGUAAUCCCAGCUACUCGGAAGGCUGAGGCAGGAGAAUCACUUGAACCCGGGAGGCAGAGGUUGCAGUAAACUGAGAUCACGCCAUCGCACUCCAGCCUGGGCAACAAGAGCGAAACUCCAUCUCAAAAAAAUAAAAAAAAUAAAAAAUAAAUAAACAAAGUGCUAGGGGAAUUGUAGCCACAAUAUUACUUGAGAGUUUCCAAAGACAUUUAACAGCCAGUAGACAUUUUCAAGGGGAAAAAGAUUAGAAAAGAACAAUCCAAGCAAAGAAAACAACAUGUACAUGUCCACAUGAGGUGUCUUAUGCCUGUAAUCCUAGCACUCUGGGAGGCUGAGGUGGAGGGAUCACUUAAGCCCAAGAAUUCAAGACCAGCCUGGGCAACUUAGUGAAACCUCAUCUCUACAAAAAAAUCAUGAUAAUAGGCUGGGCGCGGUGGCUCAUGCCUGUAAUCCCAGCACUUUGGGAGGCCAAGGCGGGUGGAUCACAAGGUCAGGAGAUCGAGACCAUCCCGGCUAACAUGGUGAAAGCCCAGCUCUACUAAAAAUACAAAAACAAAAUUAGCCAGGCUUGGUGGUGGGUGCCUGUAGUCCCAGCUACUGGGGAGGCUGAGGCGGGAGAAUGGCAUGAACCCGGGAAGCAGAGCUUGCAGUGAGCCGAGAUCACACCACUGUACUCCAGCCUGGGCAACAGAGCAAGACUCUGUCCAAAAAUAAUAAUAAUAAUUAAUAAAUAAAAAUUAACCAGACAUGAUGAUGCACGCCUGUAGUCCCAGCUACUCGAGAGACUGAGGCAGGAGAGGUUGAGGCUGCAGUGAGCCAUGUUCACUUCACUGCACUCCAGCCUGAGUGACAGAUCAAGACACUUGUCAAAAAAAAAACAAAAGAAAAGACAAAAAGAAACCAGAAUGCGCAAAGAAAGAAAAUGAGGUGAGAUUGUGUCACAUUUGUGUAACAGUGAACUCAGUGCAGCCAUGGUGUAAUACACUCUUGGGGUGAAUACUGGUACUGGACCUUUAAAAGAAAAGUUGGGAAGAAUAACUCCAUUUAUGACCACCUGAACAAUGCAAGCCCAUGAUUUCUGUUGAGGAGAGGAUCCCCAAUUCACUUCAAGGACACAAUUUCCUCCUAGGAGAAGGAAAUAAUGCUGUUAGUGAGAGUGUUCAUAAAGAAGAAUCACUGUUGCCGGGCACGGUGGCUCACGCCUGUAAUCCCAGCACUUUGGGAGGCUGAGGCGGGUGGAUCAUGAGGUUAGGAGAUCGAGGCCAGCUUGACCAACAUGGUGAAACCCCAUUUCUACUAAAAAUACAAAAAUUAGCCGGGUGUGGUGGUAAGCGCCUCUAAUCCCAGCUACUCGGGAGGCUGAGGCAGGAGAAUUGCUUGAACCUGGGAGGCGGAGGUUGCAGUGAGCCAAGAUUGCGCCACUGCACUCCAGCCUGGGCGACAGAGCGAGACUCCAACUCAAAAAAAAAAAAAAAAAAAAAAAAAGGAGAAGAAUCACUGUUGAGGCUGUGGACAGCUCCUUUGAUUUUGAGAAAAAAAUGAGCAAAGGCAGAUGCCAAGCUCUCGAAUGGGAAGCAACUGACUCCCCCUUAUGUAGCAGGAUUAGCCAGAUCCAAAUUUCCCAUUGUUUCUAUACACAGUGAUCUCACCACUCCUUUACCUGUGCCACUCCAUCUAUUAGAAGCUAAAGAAAGGGUAUAAAAAGCAUGAUAGUUUAAUUAGUGAACCUGAGAAUUUGCCAGUCUCUGUUGUGAAAGAGACAAGGAUAGUGCUAGGAGAAGAUUUAUCUGACAAUCCAGCUGAUAUUCUGCUAAGAUCUAUUGACUUCACCAUACUGUGUUCCCCACUAUCAUAAAGCUCAAGCCAUAGCAGCUGGCACAUAUUUAUCAAUCAGAGUAGGCCAACCAUUGCAACAAAAAUGUCCACGGUCUAAGUAGUUAGCCACCACAAAAGUUUACUUCUUGCUCAUGUCACAGGCCAAUGCUGGUCUGCAGAAAGAGGGCACAGUGCCACACUGUCAUUCAGAAAUGCAGGCUUCUUCUGUCUUGGGCUCCACAUUCUCUAGAUCCUCAGAAUCCUGUCCAUGAUCCAGCAGAUGGAGAAAGGGAGAGAGAAUUAAGAAUAAGUGAUUCUCCUGCCUCAGCCUCUUGAGUAGCUGGGACUACAGACAUGCACCACUAUAUCUGGCUAAUUUUGUAUAUUUUUUUUUCAUAGAGAUGAGGUCUCACUAAGUUGCCCAGGCUGGUUCAAAUUCUUGGACUCAAAUGAUCCCUCCACUUCAGCCUCCCAAAAUGCUAGAAUUACAGGCAUGAGACACCUCACCUGAACAUGCUCAUGCUGUCUUAUGCUCCACCGUCUCUAGCUCCUCAUAAUCCUGUUCAUGCCUCCAGCAGAUAGAGAAAGGGAGAGAAAUUAAGAAUUAUGGGGAAGGGAGGGGUGUGUCUUUAUGGGACAGUCCUGGAAGUGGUGUGAACUACUUAUGACCACUUUCAUUGGCCAGUCCUUGGUCACAUAGCCUCACCUGACUGCAAGGGAGCCUGGAGAAUGAAAUCAAACUCUGCUCCCAGAAAGAAGAAAAUAUGAAGAACGAACUCUAGUGAUCUCUUCCACAUGUAAGAUUCACUGCUAAGAAAUCACAAUUGGGUUACAUUACAAAGAUUAAGACUUUGUCUAUGAAAGGAUUCUCUUAAUACAUAAAAAUGUUUGCUACAGGGCUGGCCGCGGUGGCUCAUGCCUGUAAUCUCAGCACCUUGGGAGGCCAGGGAGGGUGGAUUGCUUGAGCUCAGGAGUUUCAGAACAGCCUGGGCAACAUGGCAAAACCCCAUCUCUACAAAACAUAUAAAAAUUAGCAGAGCAUGGUGGCACACGCCUGUAGUCCUAGCUACUCAGGAGACUGAGCUGGGAGGAUCACUUGAGCCUGGGGAAGUCAAGGGUGCAGCGAACCAUGAAUGCCCCACCGCACUCCCACCUGGGCAAAAGAGUGAGACCCUGUCUCAAAAAAAAAAAAAAAGAAAAAGUUUGCUGGAACGGCAACUAGACCCUUAGAACACACAGAGAGCCAAACCGAAAUGAAGGAGAUGGGGGAAAAUUUUUCUUAACUUAAAGGAAGAGGGAAAUGAUCAAGGUAAACCCUGGGAUUAGGAUGACAGUAGACUAGAAGGGCAGGGUUCCAUGAGAUAGAACAUUAGGGUAGAGUGCCCCAAGAAGGUUGGCCAAGAAGACAAUCCUCAUAGAAAGCAACUCUCACUUAUUCCCAAACUUUUCAUGGGCUUGUUGUAAACAAGUUCGAUUAAUGCAGAAGCUCCUUUAGCAAUGAAUGUUCUCCAAAACUACCAUUUGACGUAGCAAUCCCAUUGCUGGGUAUAUACCCAAAAGAAAAUAAAUUAUUCUACCAAAAAGACACAUGCACCUGUAUGUUCACAGUAGCAAAGACGAGGAAUCAGCCUAGGUGCCCAUCAAUGGUAGACUAGAUGAAGAAAAUGUGAUACAUUAUACACCAUGGGGUACUAUGCAGACAUUUUAAAAAAUGAAUUCAUGUGCUUUACAGCAACAUGGAUGCAGCUGGAGGCCAUGAUCCUAAGCAAAUUAAUGCAGGAACAAAAAAUCAAAUACCACAUGUUCUCACUUAUAGGUGAGAGCUAACCAUUGAUUUACACAUGGACACAAAGAUGGGAACAAUAGACACUGAGGCCUACUUGAGGGGAGGAGGGUGGGAAGAGUGUGAGGUCAAAAAACUACGUAUUAGGUACUAUGCUCACUACCACGAUUGUCUUCUUGGCCAAUCUUCUUUGGGCACUCUACCCUAAUGUUCUGUCUCAUGGAACCCUGCCCUUCUAGUCACUACCUGGGUGACAAAAUCAUUUGUACACCAAACCCCAGCAACACACAAUUUACUCAUGUAACAAGCCUACACAUGCACCCGCUGAACCUAAAAUAAAAGUUAAACAAAAAUGAAAUCAAUGUUAUCUUCUUUGCUGAUUGACAUUUCCUGUGUUCUAUUUCUACCACUCAAAAAUGUUCUGAAUUUCUCACUCAUAGAUGGGAAUUGAACAAUGAGAACACAUGGACACAGGAAGGGGAACAUCACACUCUGGGGACUGUUGUGGGGUGGGGGGAGGGGGGAGGGAUAGCAUUAGGAGAUAUACCUAAUGCUAAAUGACGAGUUAAUGGGUGCAGCACACCAGCAUGGCACAUGUAUACAUAUGUAACUAACCUGCACAUUGUGCACAUGUACCCUAAAACUUAAAGUAUAAUAAUAACAAAAAAAAGAAAAGAUAAAUGAAGUCAAUUGAGGAGAUAAUAGGGUUUUAUUUUUUCUUUUCCUUGCAAUGAUUGUUACAGUGUGCU